AUGCAAGUUUGGGACUUCGAGUUCCUCCUAGCGUUCAGUAGUCGACUUCAUGUCCCUGACCUCAGUGCAGGCUUCGUGCUUGCCUUUGGUUGUCUCGUCAUGGUCUUAUCCAUUACUGGGCCGACUACUCCAUCACCUUGCAAUGCACAGCACAGACUCAUCACUUCUUCAAUGGUGAAGAGGAAGUGGCGACCGCAGCAAAGCAGCAAUUUUCACCUUCCUACAGCCCCCCCACUACUUGUACUUCCUGGAAGAAAACACCUCACACAACAAUCACCCAAUAUUGCAGGAAGGUCACAGCAGCAACAGCCUUUGGGCGAUGCCAGCUCUGCUGAACAGCAUGAUACUGCAUCUGCUGGGGAUCUUUUAGAGGAAGGCUCAUCUUUCUACAACUCACUCCACUGCAUCUCCGAUGCCGACUUACUCCCGCCCUGCUGUUCGAACAACUGCCAAAAGAAGAUCAAUCAGUGGUGGCACUGGACAAACAAAGUCAUUCCUUCCUUGAUCACUCCCCAGAUGAGCUUGCUGCCUUUCAGUGUAGGUCCUCUUGUCGACGGAGGGCUCUCAAGAUUACUUGCAUACUUUUCAAUUAUAUUGAGAUACUAUGAAUUGAUUGCUGCACUUGUGCGCCUGCUCCCCUUCAGCUCCUGGCUCGCGCUGCUGGAACUUGUCAAGACUUUGUUUGUGCAUAUCACUCCCAACAUGACUGCUUGGUGUGAAACACUCAAAGUCUUUCUGGCUGGCCGUGGGUAUCAACUUACCACCAAGGAUAAUCUUUGCCGUCAACUUGGUAAUGCCUAUCAUUGGUACUCUGUUCUCCCACUUUCUGUGUCAUCCAAUGAGGGAUUAACACGUCCAAGUGACUUUCUAAGGUCUCGUUGUCCGAUUUGUUUUGGCCCAUAUGAUUGGCAAAAAAGUGGAACACUUAAUCUCAGACCCCCUGCUCGGGGUCGCAAGAGAAAGCGACCUACAGAAGAGGAGGAGAAUGGCUAUGAGAAUGGCAUGCAAGUCCUGACCUCUGCACUAGAUGGCUGUGGUGCAUCUUUUUCUGCCGCUGAUGAAAAAUGUGAAAAGGCUAGCACCCAGUUUUUUGCAGACACAGGGAUGAUGGCCAUGUUAUGUCGCCAUGAUCAUGUAUUAUGGCUCACUAACAUAACGUCAGCGGGAGAAAAGCAGCACUAUGCUCUUGCCCUGAUCAAGAAGAUUUUUGAUAAUAUCCCUCCCAAGAUGACUUACCGACUCCUUGAUGAUGCCAUUCUUCGCUGGAUAACUUUUGCAAUAUCAGUCUUUCAUGCUUACAGCCACCAAUGGGCCUGUCAAAUAAUAUACCAUCCUCACAAGUGUGAAGGCUUUGGCCUUUCUGAUGGAGAAGGUUGUGAGCGUCUAUGGAGUGCACUCAAACAUCUUAUUGCUCUGCUACGCGUUUCUGGGUUUCAUCAGCGACUUUUUAUCCUUGACACUCAGGUCCAGCACCUGGAUGACAAAAACCUUGUUUUGUUUGGCAGCUGGUUGAGCCAGAGGUGGAAUAACUGCACUAAGAAGAAGAGUAAUGCCAUGCAAGCUCUAUGUGAGCUUUCAGUGGAUGAGACUGCUGUCCAUCAGCAGUGGAAAUUACAGGUUGAACAUCAGACGAGACCCCUGCCUCGAAGAUUGAAGACAAGUAAUGAUGAGGAAAUCUCAAAAAUCCUCUCCCUCGAGAAAUCUCUUGUUGAGCUCGAUGGAUCAUUGCGAUGCAUGGAGAUGCAGCUUUGUGCAGGAAACAUCGACAAUCUCGUCAACUACAACCUUCGUCUCAUUGAAGAGUGUGCUCACCAAUCGAGACUCGUGGACACUUUGAGCUGCUGGAAGACAAGGCUUGGCAUCAAUGCUCAAGCUCUUAAGACCUGUAUCCGCGAACAACUUUGA